AUGUGGGAACCUGAGGGCGGUGUGACUGCCCCGCAGAGAAGCAGUCAGCCUUCGAAGGAGCGGCAGCGAUGCCCGUCUAGUGCCCUCUGUACCCGGGACUUCACCACUCACAGUUUCCUUUUUGGAGCACUGGCUGAAUUGCUGGACAAUGCAAGAGAUGCGGGGGCUGCGAGACUCGAUGUGUUUUCAGUGGAUAAUGAAGAACUGCAGGGUGGAUUCAUGUUGUGCUUCCUGGAUGAUGGAUGCGGUAUGAGUCCUGAGGAAGCAUCAGAUAUCAUUUACUUUGGAACAUCCAAGAAACGGUUAUCAACCUUGAAGUUUAUUGGGCAAUAUGGCAAUGGCCUUAAAAGUGGAUCCAUGAGGAUUGGAAAAGACUUUAUUCUUUUUACAAAGAAGGAAGAAACGAUGACCUGUGUGUUUUUUUCUCAGACAUUCUGUGAAAGAGAGGGCCUGAGUGAGGUUGUGGUUCCAAUACCUUCAUGGUUAACAAGGACCAGAGAAUCUGUCACAGAUGAUCCUCAAAAAUUCUUAACAGAAUUGUCUAUAAUUUAUAAAUAUUCUCCAUUUAAAACUGAAGCUGAAUUGAUGCAGCAGUUUAACGUGAUCUACGGCAAAUGUGGUACUUUGCUGGUUAUUUAUAACUUGAAGCUUCUGCUCAGUGGAGAACCUGAGCUGGAUGUUAAAACUGACAAAGAAGAUAUACUGGUGGCGGGAGCUCUUGAAGAUUUUCCAGAAAGAUGGUCAUUCAGAGCCUAUACAUCUGUUCUAUAUUUUGAUCCUUGGAUGAGAAUAUUCAUUCAGGCCAAAAGAGUUAGAACAAAAUACCUAUGCUAUUGCCUCUACAGACCCAGAAAGUAUCUGUAUGUCACAUCUUCUUUUAAAGGAGCGUUUAAAUGUGAAGUUAAAAAGGCAGAAGAAGCAGUACAGAGAGCUGAACUCAUCUUGAAAGAAGCACAAAUCAAAGUGAACUCCUCUGAGAGAACGUCUUCAUCCUCCUCCGCUGAGGAUGUAUUACAGAAAGCUCUGGAAGAUGUUAAAGCAAAGCGAAAGAUUCUUCAAGAGAAGCAGAGGGAAUUAAGAAAAGCAAGGACACUCACCCUGUUCUUUGGUGUGAACAUAGAAAACCGAAGCCAAGCUGGGAUGUUCAUUUACAGUAAUAACCGCUUGAUCAAAAUGCACGAGAAAGUGGGCCCACAGUUGAAACUGAAAUCCUUACUUGGUGCAGGUGUGGUUGGAAUUGUUAAUAUACCCUUGGAGAUCAUGGAACCAUCCCAUAAUAAGCAGGAAUUUCUCAAUGUCCAUGAGUAUAAUCAUCUUCUAAAAGUUAUGGGACAAUACUUGGUCCAGUACUGUAAGGACACCGGGAUCAGUAACAGAAAUCUAACAUUAUUUUGGAAUGAAUUUGGAUACCAAGGUAAUAAGGACAUGGAAAAAUCUUCAGAUUCUAUUCAGUAUCAAAGAAGACAAGCCAUGGCCAUCCCAUGCAUGAUUCAGUGUGAUCUUUGCCUUAAAUGGAGAGUCUUACCUCCUUCUACUGAUUAUCAGGAAAAAGAAUUCUUUGACAUCUGGAUUUGUGCUAAUAACCCUAACCGCUCGGAAAACAGUUGUCAUCGGACAGAACAUCUACCUUCCAUACCCCUGGGUACUACAAGCACAAAAUCACAAUCCAAAAAUGAGAAAGACAAGCGGCUUCAGGAGUCAGUCCAGAGGUGUCAGAAUCGACUGGUGGAACCGCGUCAACAGCCUCUGUUUAUACCAGUGAAUAGGGUCUCUGAGUUCACUAGCCCCUGCCAAACUUCAGCAUCUAAGGGAAAUAAGAAAAUUCAGAGAACCAGACCUCCCGGCAAUGGCUUGAAGCAUGAGUCGCCUUCAUCCUUCGAGCUUCUGGUCGACCACAGCGGCUGGAAAAGAAACACAGAGGGGUCGGACUCCGACGUAGAGUGUAUUUCAGAGACUAAAAUUAUGAAAAAGUCCAGUCAGAAGAAUGUGAAACCUCAACAGGAGAGGUAUCCAGCAGUUACACUGGCAAGUGUCAAACUAGCUAGCAGAGACCAGAGGAAGAUAAUUUCCAAUCAAAGUACCCCAUGGCCCAGCAGUCCCACUCCUGGUGACUAUAAGGAUAAAGAAGCAGCCUCUUGGGAAAUGAAGAGAAAGAGGAGUCAAAGCCUUACGUGGGAAUGUAAGACUUCAAUUGAAGUUGAAACCAGCAGCAGCAAUUCGGAUAUAAUCCAGAUUCUAGAUGAAAGUGACACUGAUGUUCCAUUGAAACAAGAGGAAAAGGAAAUUUCUCUUAUGAAAAAAGAAAAACAGGAGCUGUGCAGUGAUACCCCAGAAAUAAAGAGAAAUUCUUCAUCACCUAACUGGGAAAGCUUGUUUUUGCCCAGUAUGCCAGUGGAAGAUUUAAAUCCAAGUUCUGGACACAAAGCCAGAGUUUCUGUGAGUGGUGGUUAUAUAGCUGCUUCUUCACUGACAGAAUCUUCUCAAAGCAUGUCUGUCAAGGAAACAGUAAGAAAACUGACAUCUAAUUUAAGGGAGAUUCUUCUGUAUUUUUUUCCCAAGUAUCAGCUGCCAUCAGAGUUUGGCCACACAUCCCUGGAGGAACUUACAGCAAGUUCUGAGCUGGAGCAGUGCCCAGAACAGACAAACAAAAAGCUGAAAAUGUGUUUCAACCAGAUCCGUGAUGUGUACAUGGUCCAGUAUGAAAAGAAACUGAAGAGAAAGAUGCAGUCUGUUAUCUGCGAUGCAAACAGUAGAGAAGAGGCUAAUGAAGCAUCUCUGGGACAGUGCGAACAAAAAAGGAAACUGACUGAAGAAAAACUGAAUAAGCUUCGUGUAAAACUGGCCGUAUUAUUGCAGAAGCUUCAGCUGGGUGGUCCAGCCGGAGACCUGGAGCAGAUUGACGCUUACUUAGAAGCUUUGCUGAAAGAAGAUAAUCUCCUUUUUCAGAAGGCUUUUGUAAAUAAAGUGACUAUGGAUACAGGGCAUCGUCUCCUUUUAGAAAAAGAGGAAAGUAUUUCUCAAAAUUAG